AUGGUAUGUCCUCAACGGCAAGACGAUACCGAGGAUGUCGUCAGAUGCGAGAUGUUCACCUACAGGUUGAGUGAAUCACCAGAAUACAUUGCGCUUUCCUAUGCCUGGGGAGACGUGGGCGACACGCGCAAGAUACUUAUAGGGCGGGCGAACAUAAAUACGAGCGUAUCUGCUAGCCUGGAAUCGGCCCUGAGGGCACUCAGGGACCCAAGAAGUGCGGUCCUGGUCUGGGCAGAUGCCCUUUGUAUCGAUCAAAAGAACACGUCCGAGAAGGCCGAUCAAGUCCGACUAAUGACGCAAAUCUACCAGAGAGCCAAAUCAGUGGCAGUCUGGCUCGGCCCACGGUCUGACGACAGCGACCUCGGUAUGGAACUCAUUGAAAAGGUAUCAAAUGGGGCCAAGAUUCCACGGGAGAUAACGAGAAGUACAUUUGCGCCGUUCAGCGAACAGCAUUUCGCCGCUGUAGUGGCCCUGUUUGACAGGGAUUACUGGCAUCGGCUCUGGGUCGUGCAAGAAGUGUUCAACGCGCAAACGAUCAACGUCCACUGUGGACCGGCCACGCUGCCGUGGAAAGCAUUCCAAAUUGCGUCGGACGUGUUUCAAAAGCACAGAGACGUACUCGAACGAAGCUUUCACCCUGGCUACAGCAACAACUUCUACCAGGCACCAUUUGUUGAAGUAUAUAGGUACCACAAUUGCCGUAUAAUUGCGGCGUCGCUUUUGUUCCAUAGUUAUAAGCUUGGUUUGCUAGCCUAG